AUGUCAAUGUGUGAUGCUCGGGGCUGCUUUUGUGUAGCUGCUAACAACGGCCUCGUAGCUUUCGAUACGCGCACAGCAAAUAACAUGACUUUGCCGAAAUGCUCAAUGCCACAACGCAUUGAGAGAUCUCUAUAUUGGUGGGGAUGUGCCUCCUGGAACCUUCGUGCCAAAAUGCGAUGUUAUUCUGGGCGAUUUAUGCAACGAAUUUGCAAUGGGCGCGAGGCAGGAGUUUGUUACUGUGUAGUACAAAACCGUAGCGAAAGCGAAGCACGCGCAAGAGAAAAGAAGGAAACAAAUACAUCACUUGUGGAAAGAACAACAUUUCGACAACCUUUUCGCAACUUCCCAUCACUGAAGGAUCGCCACUUUUCCAAGAGCGUUAUCCGGUUGCAAGAGAGACGUGCAAACUGGACAGAAGUAAAGGUUGGGCUUGUCAAGAUCAAAAGCCCUCCGCGUUACGGUGUGUACUAUUUCGACUAUCGCACAUUCGCGUGCCUGGCAUUCGAGUAUCUCGGCUGUGGUGGGAAUGAGAACAAUUAUCCGACUUCUUCGGCUUGUAGUUCGGAUUUUGUUUAUCAACAAUCUAUUGUUGCUCUAUUUGUCAACAAUUUUUCAGCGGAUCUGUCUGGUUGCUCCGGUAUGUAUCCACCGGCUCGAUACUCAAAUGGGCAAGCAAUACUCUGUGGCGCUGGUCCUCAAAUGAUGUUCCAUGGCACGACGCCCUCUCCAAAAAUCACCCCGAAACUCAAUGAAGACGGUUGUCCUUUGGACCACAAGUGCGUCAUGGGUGCAUUUUUCGGAUUCUGCUGCAACCGAGCCAACGAAGAUCGAUUCAAUGUUGCUUAUCAUCCGAAAUGCAACAAUAGUCGUGAGCCAUACUCGGAAGCGAUGGAUUCGUGGCGGGAGAUCCGAUUCGGGAAGUCGUGUAAGGAUAACUUCUGUCCUUCAGGAUAUAAGUGCCAUGAUGCCGACAUCUUCGCUUAUUGUUGCUGA